AUGUCGAGUAUUUUCAACUGGAAAGCGUCACUCCGGUGCGAUCCAGACGUCGAGCCUUCGCCGAUCGAACGGGGGUCAGUCCUCCUGCUGUGGCGCCUCUGGAGAGUGUGUCCCCAGAAUGAGAGAGUAGAAAUACAAAACACGAGUAUCAACUCGGCGGCCGUCAGAGUACCAGAGUACCCGCAAAUCCUCGUGACCAAGGAAGUGACGGUCACGUACGAAGAGGAGGCCUGAGAGGAUUGUCAGCUGCAUAUAGCCUGAUACCCCAACUGUUUUAGUCAUUCAUUUAACACUCGGACCAACGUCACUCGUUCGCUAGCUCUUGUUUACCUCACCUUGAACACGUCUUUGUUCAUUGAUAUCUUGCGAUGUCUUUGCUUUCCAUGUCGUAAUCGGACGUCGUUUGACCGAUAUAGGCGGUCUCAGUGCCGCCGUUUC